UGAAAGACGGAUCCCUAUUGCCGAGGGGGGGGAGAAAACGCGCUGGCUCUGCGCCAGUAUCUGGCAAGUGCGCCUCCCUUCACCGCUGUUUGGCUUAUUCAUAGUUAGGGGUUUGGGUUUGGCUGUUUUUAAAAAGGCAAGCACUGCUCUGAAGUUGAUCAGUCUGCUCAGAAAACUUCUUCAGAGGGAAAGUGUGAUUUGGAAUCGGAAAGUCCAGAAUUUCAGAUCAACAGAAUUGCGCACAGUCUGGACACUUGGAGACAUUUGGAGAACGGACUAAUCUGAGAAAUUAGCUACCCCUAAAAUUCAACGGAUUUUGAUUGUACUUUUUUUUUGUUUUUUUUUUUUUUUUUGUUUUUGUUUUUUUUUUAAAGAAUAUUUGUAUUUAUUCUAUUUUUCAAAGACCCAGACCUGUGCUUAUUUUUGCAUGCGGACUUUUCAAAGUGCCCAUCAUUUGCAUUAAAAUCCGAUGACCUGAGACUGUUUUUACUUGCUGUUUUUCAUCAAAGCUCACUAGUUUGAACAAAAUAGAAAGAGAAACAUGCUGCUUUUUAUGCUUGCCACAUUUUUCGGGGCUCUGACCCACAGCUUUGGCUCUUAUGUGCCGUGCGAGCCGUGCGAUCAGAAGGCGCUGUCCAUGUGUCCCCCGGUCCCGGUGGGCUGUCAGUUGGUGAAGGAGCCCGGCUGUGGCUGCUGCUUGACUUGCGCUCUGGCUGAGGGUCAGGCGUGCGGUGUCUACACCAGUACAUGCACGCAUGGGCUACGCUGCCUGCCGCGGAACGGCGAAGAGAAGCCGCUGCACGCCCUGCUGCACGGCAGGGGAGUGUGUACGAACGAGAAAGGAUACAAACCACCGCAUCCUUCCAUUGAUCGUGAGUCUAUAGAGCAUGAUGAUACAGUGAAAGCAGACACGACUGAAGACCAGCCUCCUAAAAUUCCCCUUUACCCCAAACCAGAUGUGAUCAACAGCCGGAAGCACGCUGCCGUGCGCAAAGACAAGAAGAAACAGCAGGAGAAGCUGCGGUCACUGGGGCCGAUGGACUACUCCCCUGUUCCCAUUGACAAGCAUGAGCCAGAAUUUGGUCCUUGCAGAAGGAGGCUGGAAGGAAUCAUUCAAAGUAUGAAAGACACCUCUCGCAUCAUGGCGCUGUCCCUGCACCUUCCUAACUGUGACAGGAAGGGCUUCUAUAAGCGCAAACAGUGCAAGCCCUCCCGCGGCCGGAAACGAGGCAUCUGCUGGUGUGUCGACAAAUAUGGCGUGCAGCUGCCGGGCACCGACUACAGCGGCGGUAACAUCCAGUGCAAGGAUUUGGAAAACAGCAACAACAACGAGUGAGAAUCGACCCACCUUGAUCAUCAGACCUAGGGCCCACCUCCUUUUUCUGUCCCACCGGUCCACCUGCCAGUCACUUUGAGAUUUUGUUGCGAAGCGAAAAAAGAAACAACAACUAUUAAAUAUACAAAUAAUCAGACUAAAAAGAAAUAUCGUACAGGAAUCGUUUUGACUGAGCGCUCAUCUCUAACUCAAUGGACUAAGCCAAUGAGAGGAGCCCCCUUCUAGCGCUGAGUCCCAGCAAAACAAUAAAUAAAAAUGGUUAAAAAUAUAUACAUGCAAUUAUAUAUUUUUAUAGAAGCUGGGGUUUGAGCACCAUAAUGUUUUGUUUAAUGUAAACAUAAAGCUAAAAAAAAAAAAAAAAAAAAAAGAAUAUAUGGCAUGUUUAAUAUUAACAGGGCUAUUUUGGUCUCUUACAAAUGUUGCUGUCAAGGUAUCAAAGGAGAUAGCAAGAACUUCUACUAUUGAAAAAAAAUAAAAAAAAAUAAAUAAAAAAAUUUCCCAAAAGAAAAAAUUAAAACCCACAUGGUAGAGAUCUGCUGAUACAGUUAUCUCUAUCUGGCUGUCUUUUGGUCCCAUCAAAGCACUUAUUCAUUAAGAAACCUGCUUGGAAAUGUGUAACUUCACCAAGUUCAGUGUAUACGUGUGUGAGCAUGUGUGUAUGAGUGUGUGUUUGAGCGUGAAUGUGUGAAAUACAGCGAUAGCUUCCAAAAAAAGUUUUUCGUGGCAUAUCCCUCCCAGAACGUAGUAAAAACCAGGAUCCCAUUAGACAAAUCUGUUUCAGUGGCUUCAUGACUGUAUAGCUUACCUAACAUGCCGACCGUGCCUAUGUAAACAGACGCUGCCACGCAGAGUUACACGGGUGAGCCGACCGGUCCAAACCGAGGUCCCGUCACAAGUUCCUUUUGAUUUAGGAGAUGGGUGGAAAUCUCCUCACACAGAAUCAACUGGUGCCCAUGUCUAGCUAGAAGAAAAGGCCACUAUGGAAUUUUCAGAUAUUGUGGCAUCUGGUGCAUGUUAAAAUUGAGACAGAUGCUAAAACCCUUAAACGCUCCCAGUAUUUGCGUUUGAACUUUGACGAAAGUUCAACUUGCAGAGUGGUAUUUUUUUUUUUUCUGUGAUUUUACUUUUAUGUUCGCUGUUUCCUUGACUUCAUUGAGAUAAUGACAGUCCAUUUAUGAGCCAUGUUCCUUGACCAUGUGGUUUCACUGAAAUAGGUGUAACCUUGGUAUGUUACCUUUAAAUAACUCUAGAUUAUUGAAUGUGUUUUUAUUUUCUCAUAUUUUAUGCUUCUUGCCAUCCUUAACAAACAACCACAAAGAUCUGGUGCUUAGGAGAGGACUUGUGUAUUUAAGCAUAAUAUCAAUUUGCAUUGUUCCAAAACUUGCACAUUUGAAUGCAGGUCUGACCACUUUCAAAGCUCCGCCCACUCUGACUGUUCACCAAUCAGAAAUCAUUCUUCUGGUUAUUCAGUCCAACACAAUGACUGGAAGUUUUUCAUUUGUUCUGUUUUGUGUAUUUCUGUACUUCAUCAAUGUUGUGAGGCGUGGUGGAAACAGGCUACAUUUACUAUAGUGUCGAUUAGUGCGAGUUUCUGUGUGCGAGUCUCAGUGCCUUUCUACAUGCAAAUACAUUUGAAUAAUGACGUGAACGUUACACAAUAGCCAAGGGGACUAAAACAGACGAACCAUUUUAUAAUGACGAAGGACCUCAAUUGUUCAAAUAGUCAUCAGAUAUAGAAAUCCAUUACACCAGAUAUGGAAAUCUAUUACACCACUUUGUAUGUCAUGCAGCUAUCAAAAAGCACUCCCUAAGAUAGGGGAGGACUUUAGUCGUGAACAGCUCCAGCUAGUGCUAGCUCAUUUACUGUUAUUACUCUUUACGAAUAAGCUGACGAUUGAUUUGACAGUGACUGCAAAUGUGUGUAAUUGCUGAUGAGAAUAUUUUCAAUCACUUUUUUGCAAUCAAGCUAUAGAUCCAACAGGGAUACUUAAAGAGGACUCACUGGUCAGCUCUUGGGUCACAAUAGGUCUGUUCGGAUCUUAUUUCAGGGCCCGAAUGAUCAUAGCAGGGAGGGGGCCAUAAUAUAGUCGAUUAUUAGAAGUUUGACAGCCGUAGUCCCACAGACCAGAUCUCUAUCUUGUAAAUACCCACAACCAGGCCCAGACAGAAUUGGUGAACUGCUCCCUUAUGGUCACAGAAAGCACAAACAAAGUAGAUAGCGAGAGUUGCGUAAAACUUUGUGAAUGUCGGGCGUGCCAGUUCUGCUGAAAUCUGCGGUAUGCGACAUGUUAAACGGAGCUGAGAGUACUUCACUCUUAUUGGUUGCUUGAAAGCAAAAUCAAAUUAGCCAGCGAGGACUGCGUGACAUUUUAUUAAUGUGGGGCCUUCCAAUUUGGCGGAAAUAUGCGUACCGCAAAUUCCAUCUGGUUCUGUCCGUAACAGUUUUCUUGCAGCGGAGACAAAGAACCACGGUUCCGCAGAAUGUAACCAUAGCAUGUCAAAAAAUAAUGGUGAAUGAUGAUUGGCUCUCUGAUGGAAGGUGACAAGAGAAAGAUGUUAAGGGAGUGCGGUUAACCAGACUUUUGCAGAUGGAGUAUGUCGAGGAGGCGUAGUUGCCUCUGUUAUUGCACAAUUAGCCUUGUAGGUGUCGCUCACCACUGGGCAAAAUCACUACAUUGCAAAAAUUAUUUUCUUAAUCAGUAUUUUUGUCUGUGUUCCCUGUAAAAUAAAUCUUUAAAUCUUUAAAACAAGAUACAGUUACUUGAGAAGCAAAACCAUAUUAUAUUAAGACUUUUUUUUGAGAGAAUAUAUCUUAAAUUAAGUAUAAUUUUAUUACCCCAUUGUUUUACGCAUAAAUCUAACUAAAUAUAGAGGUUUACACUUAAAACAACAUUCUAAAAAGUCGCAAUUUUGCUUACCAAGUAAAUGUCUUUUGUUUUAAGGGAUAUUUAGAUAUAUUUACUGUGAGACAAGACAAAUGUACUAAGGAAAUUAUUUAUCUGCAGUGUCAUGAGCAUUAUCCAGGUCCUGAUCCAUGCUGAAUGCCCCCUCCCCCAUAAAAAGCAGCUUGCACUUAAUUAUUUACCUUGCCACGCAUUUAGUGCCGUCUUUGAAAAAACAAAAAAACAAAGUGAAUCUCAGUUCAGGUAUAGGAGGAGGAGCAGGUCUCAGACAGAAACCCUGCCUGAGUACCUUUGACAAGGGCUUUGCAGCCCAAGCCUGAAACCCACAUCAUCAUUCAGUGGGUAAACCAGUAAUACAACUCAACCAAUCACAGUCUAGUCUCCAUCUACACUCAAUAGACUUUGCGUCUCAGUGAUAUCCGGGAAGAGGGAGAGAGGGUGAGGGCCUAAGAGGAUGAUCUUGUGCUGGGCCUCACUUCCCCAACAGGGGACACAAUACAACACAUUACACAUCACAGUAGAACGUUUAGAUGGACAACGGGAGUUUUCGGAAUCUGCUAAGCAGGCAUAUAACAGCGAGCAUCAGACUGACAGCUUUUCUUCUGGACUCAAAAUAUGUAACACACGCAGCUGAAUUUGAUUCAGCAGACUCUUUCCUAAGCUCCGCCCCACUUUGGUUAAUGCUGUUCACUAAGACAAGCUUUGCAAACAUCCCAUAGGAAUAAAUGGGAGAUUGAUGAAUAUGUGCGCAUAAAUUGGAUGGUAUUCUUAUGUGGGCUGGAAUGAAGUGUGACAUUGCAUGGCAUUUGUAUCUGCCUGAAUCAUUAUACAAAUUAAUGUAACAUUGUUAUUAACACCUAUUUACCUUGGGACAAAUGUAGAUGUCCUUACUGAUGUUACACAUGAUCAAUUGGAAAUGAGGGCUGCAGACAGUUUAAUCCACAGCAUCCACGUCUCAAGAUUUAUUUAAAGAAUUGGAAAAAAAAAAUAUUGCACAAAUUUUCUCUGAAUACAUUGUGACACUAGCACUAGAAGUGCCCUGGAAACAACAUUUUAUCGUAUUAUUGGAUAAUUUCUGUUUAAAACUAUAAAAAUAUACAGGACUUCCAUAGACAAGCAUUCGAAAAGAGCAAAAGCUUGUAAAGUGGACAGCAACAGUUGCUGAGGUAGGAUUGGUCAGCAAUUUUUUUUUGAAGGCGGGGCUUAACAAAGGGUCAGUUUUGUUUACAAAAAAAGUGUUUUUCAGAAUUUUUUUUCUCUCUCAAGUUGGCAUACCACAUUUUGCAAAACUAUGCAUUAUGGUAGAAAAACAUUUUUGCCUUGUAUUCUUAGGUCGUAGAAUCCAUCUGGGUAUCGAUGUGAGAAUGUGGGAAAAAAAUGUAUCCUUUCUGAUUUGCAAUUAGACUAUUGUAAAAGACUUUUGAUUCCAAGGACACAGGCAUGUCGCUUUUUUGUUGCUUUUAUCAGAUUCCGAAUCUCCUACUUGGGUAGACAGUGUUCAUAAAUCUUCAGUAUGGUGCAGUAGUAAUGACAGGUUUUCUUGUUUCUCUGAAUGCAUAACAGUUUUUUUUUUUUUCUUUUUUUUAUGUGGAUGAGAAAAGACUUGAUGAUUGACCACCUAAAUGUGGCUUAAACCGGCAUGUGAAAAAGACCCAUUUGUGGCUGGAGGACUCUAAAAAUGUUCAGCAUUUGGAACUCUUCUUAAAAACAAUAAAACAGAAAAAAAAAAAAAAAAAAAAAAAAAGAAA